GUGUGCAGGAGGUGCAGGAGGUGCAGGAGGCGGGAUGCUGACCGGAAAGUGCACAGCUGCACCGGCCAACUGCGCCGCGCAAUAGACACUAAUAAGUAGAAUGAGGUUUAAUAAUCGGCUUUUGUAUCGCAGUACAAACAUCAACAUGCAAGAGUCCGGACGCAUCAGCCGUGACCGCCUCCUGUCCUGACAGCCCCGCGGCGCGGUCUGCACCGUGACGGAGACGUCCGCUGUUCGCGGUACCGACGGGGUCGCAUCCGUCCUGCAGGCUGGCUUUGUCGGUCCGUCUCUGGACCGUGAGUCGAUCUUUAUGUGACAGCCCUGCCGUGGUGCUGAUUGAUUGGCGCGAGGCAAAAGGAGACUGAUGCUUUUUGUGUGAAUUUGUGAGAUCACCUUUGCGGUUCACCUUGGAAAUAAAAAAAAAAACGCACGAAAGGUUAAUGGAUCGCAUGCAACAGAAACGAAUCAGCACGGACCCUUGUGGGCCAAAAGCGCAACCUGGACCCUGUGCUUUGAUCGGGGUGGGUCCACGUUUACCUCCACAGCUCAUGGUCCAGGAGCCAGCUCUCAUCAGUCCAUCAGAGGCACUCAAGAAACAGUCUGGACUGAGCCCCGUGCAGGCUGCACCUGUCAAAGUGACAGAACAAAUGCAGUCAGGGCAGCCAAAGGCCGGGUCCACUCCGGCAACUCUGGUGAGCAUAAGCCGACCAAGACCGACAGCUCUGGGGACUAAACCUGCUCCAAAGCCAACCAGAAUCUCAGUGGACCCCUCCAAGGAAAUAGACUUGAUCCCAGUUUGUAUCCCAGGACCUCAGAGUGCCAACGCCCUGUCGCAUUCUCCGACAGAGUCCACCCUCCCCCGUCACAGUCCUCAGAGUCCCCGCAGCCCUCAGUCUUACACCAGCCAGCCUUACCUGAGCCCGAACCCUGGCCUGCCCCCUCCAAACCCGAGCCUCAGCCCCAAACCCAGUCCUCAGCUGCAGAGGACCCCCUCACCUGGGAGCUCCACACAGAGCCAAGUGCAGACGGAGAAACCGGCAGGAGACAACAACGACUUCAGGGUGUACAUUGUCACGUGGAAUGUGGGAUCAGCUGUCCCGCCAGAUGACAUCACUUCUCUGUUCGGACCAAAUGUUUCAGAUGGGAGCGUUGACAUGUUUAUCAUCGGACUCCAGGAAGUCAACUCCAUGAUAAACAAGCGGCUGAAGGAUGUUCUUUUCUCAGACCAGUGGAGUGAGCUCUGCAUGGACACGCUCAGUCCUUUUGGAUAUGUUUUGGUGGCAUCCCAGCGUAUGCAGGGAGUGCUGCUGCUGGUUUUCUCUAAAUUCUGCCAUCUUCCAUUCCUCCGAGGUGUGCAGACUCAGAGCACUCGCACAGGACUUGGGGGAUACUGGGGGAAUAAAGGGGGUGUCAGCGCCAGGAUGACACUGUUCGGUCACCCAGUGUGCUUUCUCAACUGUCACCUGCCAGCUCACAUGAGGAACCUGGAGCAGCGGAUGGAGGACUUUGAAAGCAUCCUGCAGCAGCAGCAGUUUGAAGGAGGGACGGCCACCGGCGUGCUGGACCACGAUGUCUUGUUUUGGUUUGGGGAUUUGAAUUUCCGCAUCGAAGACUACGACAUCCAUGUGGUGAAAUGUGCCAUCGACAGCAAUAAGCUGCCUCUUCUGUGGGAGCGAGAUCAGCUCAACAUGGCUAAAAACACGGAGUCCAUCCUUGAAGGCUUCAUUGAGGGACCACUCAAAUUCCCACCCACUUAUAAGUUCGAUGUGGGCACGCAUACGUACGACACCAGUGCAAAGAAGAGGAAACCUGCCUGGACUGAUCGCAUCCUGUGGCGCCAUCGUCGUACCGGCUCCCCAGUUCCUACCCACAAUGCAGCACUGCAGCGGGGUCUGACCUCGUGGUUGGGUGGGGCGACUAAAGUGACGCAGCAUGUGUACCGAAGUCACAUGGGUUUCACCAUCAGCGACCACAAGCCUGUUUCUGCAGUGUUUUCACUGCAUUUCCCAUUCAAGGUUGAUAUGCCCCUUGUGGAGCUGCAGGUAAACAACGAGUGGUGUAAAGUCUCAGAUGCUACAGUUAGAUUCACUGUUGCAUCAACUUAUCAGCGCAGCUCAUGGGACUGGGUGGCAAUAUACAAGGUCGGAUUCAGACAUCACAAAGAUUACCAGGCAUACAUAUGGGCCAAGGGGGAGCAUGCAACACAGGUGACAUUUUCAGAGGAGGAUUUGCCCAGAGACGAAGGUGAAUACAUCCUGGGUUACUACAGUAAUAACAUGAACAGCAUCGUUGGAUUGUCAACACCAAUCCAGAUCAGGAUUCCAGUCCACAGCCCCACCGCGCACCGCUCUGAUGGCUCAGACGUCAGCUCAGAAGACGACAGCACUCUGGUUCUGCUCGCUCCAAACUCCCGCAGCCCAAGCCCCAAAACCGGCAAACACCACCAUCGCCACCGUCGCAGCCGCAGCCCCGCUGUUCCUGCUCUGUCCUCCAACCCCAUCCCCUCCCUGCAGGGCCUCAGCCUCUGUCCUCGCUCCAAAGAAGGUCAGACUCGCAGCCGCUCACCCUGCUCUGCUGCUAAGAAGGAGCGACUGGUCUCCCCUGACACUGUGGCGUCCCCCGUCAUCAGCCCACUCAGUCCCCGCAGUCCUGUGUCUCCAGGCGGCGGGGUGACUGCACCGGAGGCCCUGAUCGCUGCCAUCCUAGGUGAGCACAGACCAGCUCAGGUUAGCCCCACAGGGGUCAAACAGAUAGGAAAGACAGGGGAAACUGACACUCCAUAGAAUAUAAACAUCAGUAGUUUAAAGGAGGUGCUGUACAUGGAGAACGACGGCAACAUCCAUGUAUUCAGCUUCAGAUCUGAUCCCACAAAGUCACUGUGCUCAUAGAAGCAGCACAUGUAGUGACUCCUAGGCUGGGUUGCACCAACAAGGAUUGAUUUAAUCUCAGAUUAGCUUUAACUAGAGUUUAGUAAAACAAAGUUUAAAAUCAGUUAAUCCAGAUUUACACUUAAGCAGAGUUCUG